UUCAAGGAGAACCGCAGCCCUGUUUUACAAACAGCAAACUAUAAAGCAAUCGGCGAUGAUUCUUUAUUUCUCAUCAUCAGACAUCUCAGUUUCUACUGACUCUUCCAAACUCAAACAAGAUAAAGGAGGAGGGUGCUGUGGUAGGCGUGUGACGGCCAACAGUAUCACCUAGUCACAUCACAUGACAUGAAUCGAAAUAUGAAAAUCGCUAAUGCUAGGUCGUCACCCGUAAGUGACGCGUCAUCCCUCCGCCUGGGGGUGGUGUCAAAUAUGCAAGGGCGCGCUACACUUGAUAGACCUGGGUGUGGUGAUAAGAAUGCUAAGGUUGCUAGGUCGCCGCCCAGAAGCGGCGCAUCAUCCCAUUGCCCGGAUGAUGUCAAAUAUGCAAGGGCAUUGUGGGGUCCGAGAUGGGGCUAAGAACAGAAGGUUGAAUGCUAGAUUGCGUUUCGGGACAUGGAAUGUUGGGUCUCUUACAGGGAAAUCUUCCGAGGUAGUCGAGGUUAUGAGCAGAAGGAAUAUCAGCAUUAUGUGUGUGCAAGAAACUAAAUGGGUUGGAGAGAAAGCACGCGAGAUUAAUCCCAGAGGUUUUAAGUUGUGGUAUUCGGGGAGAGAUAAGACUAGAAAUGGGGUAGGCAUUAUUAUGGCGCGUGACAAGACAGAAAGAACAGAAAGCACAAGACAACAGAGUGGCGCCCUCGUCGGCCAAGACGCCCCAGUCGGCCGAAAAGGAGCCAACUCGGAUUAUGGUCCUGAGUCCAAGGAACCCGGGUGCCCUCGUCGGCCGCGCCCUCGUCGGCCGUGCCCUCGUCGGCCACGCCCUCGUCGGCCAAGAAGACCUCCCAGAAUCAGAUUUUACACUUACUCGUUUGUACAGCCCAUUAGUGGCUUUGUAUUCGGCCCAAUAGCGGUCCAGUUGUAAAUGGGCCUCCCAAGCCCAAGGCUUGGGAGCCCAACCCUAAUUUUCUCUAUAAAUACUCCCUGUGGGAGUAGUUAUAGGGGUUACAAAAUCAUUCUAUUGAAGCAUAUUAUUGCACUUCUCUCUCUAGCUCUCACUUCUCUCUAGAUAUACUCUAUCAUUUGGUGCUCUCGUUGAGAGCUAGAACAAUCAAGUUAGCACCCUUCGUCGCUACCAAGCACAGCUAACCACUGAUCAUGGGGAGAACUAAGUCAAACCGCAACCUCGUCAGCAAAGCCAUCCAUGAGGACCAAGAGCCCAGGGAGCACGAUGAGGACGCCACGGCCGAUCAGGUCGGCGGAGGGGACCUCUUCGAGGAGGCCUUCAACCUCACAACGGACCUCCGCAACCAAUUCAACGGCGGCGCCCCUGAUGCCCGCCUCGGCUUGGACAAGAAGCGAGCUGAAAAGACGGAUCACGCCCCGGCCCAGCCUAUGGUCGCGGCCUCUCCGUCCGUGGAUCCACAGGUCCAGGCCGCGCUGUCGGUCAUCAUCGCCAGCCUAGCUCAGAACCCCACCGUCCUCAGCGCACUCUUGCCAAGGACCGGGGGAAACGUCACUCCACCUCCUCAUCCCCAACCGUUGGCCGUCCAGAUAGGCA